GGGUGUUGUUUUCAGCGCGAAUUCCGUUGUAGACGGUUUUGUUGUGGGUAAGGAUUCAAUUUAACUUGGCUUGUUUGCGAGACUUUCGCACGCUUAUUACAAUGCAUGUCGGUGCAAUUUGACUAAUUAUCGCCCAAUUUACGCGUGUAAUAUUCAAGGACGUACCGUCUUCUAAACGCGUUUGAUAAUAAUAAAAUAAUUACAUUAAAAUGGUAUUGGUUUUCGUACGUACAUGUGUACACACAAGGUCAAAGAUCGGCGGUAAGGCGGUUCCAAAACGCACGCAGAUACAACAACUCAUAGGCGGCGCCAUCGAUUAAAACAAUUCGUAAUACAAUUAAUACAAUCGUUAAUCAUAUUCUUACAGAUUAAUCCUCUUAUCUUAGCGCUCGAUUUAACACGAUAAAUCAACUUAUUAAUCACCUAAUUUUUAUCGCUACUUUCGUGUCAUUUACCGUUCGAAAGUGUAUCAAAUUUUUGCAUUCAACAGGAACAUGUCGUGCCGCAUAAUUUUGGACAAUCCGGGCGCCUAUCAUCCGGGCGACACGGUGUACGGGCGCGUCGCGUUGAAUUUCCGGAGCCGGGAGAGCUUCAGGGGCGUGCGGUGCAAGUUCCGCGGCAGGGAGCACACGGCCUGGACCGAGCGGGAGAGCUACUACGACAGCCACAGCAAGUCCACGAAGUGGCGGACGGUGCAUUACAGCGGCGACAAUAAAUUCCUCGCCGUCGAUUUGACCCUGCUCGGCGACAGUACUUUGAAUGCCGGACAUUACGAGUACCCUUUUUCGUUCACCUUUCCCAGGGGUAACAUCCCUAAUCCAUACAACGGCUCGUACGGAUACAUCAAGUACUACAUUAAAGGGUACGUUGAUAAGGCGUUCGCGUUCGAUUACGAGGACGAGGUUACGUUGCAUUUGAUAGCUCCUAUCAAUUUCAACGAUAUCGUGGGCGAAUUGCAAUUGCAACCGAUGGGUUACCAAGAGGAAAAGACGACUUGUUGUUGUUGCUGCGCCGGAGAUCCCAUCACCAUGGACGCCGUCUUGGAGAAAGAGGCCUUCGUGGUCGGCGAAUCGGCCAGGAUGAGAGUCGACAUAUCUAACUUGUCCAACGAAAGUCUUCGAGAGCUCACAGUGAAGUUGAAACUAACAAUCGAAUCGAAAGUGACCCAUCCCAGCACCAGGCACAAAUACAACGAAGACCUCCUCGCCUACGUCCACGAAUCUGGAGUGGGAGCUCACGGACAAAGAACGUACAACAUCGAUAUGUGCAUACCACCUUCAUCUGUAGUACCAAAUUUCGCGGGGUCCUAUCUGUUCAAGCAGUGGUGCGACUUGGAAAUCGAAGCCGUCGUGCCCGGUUGUCACACCAACCUAUCGAUCAAGACCCAAGUGAAGCUCGGCCAUAUUCCGCUCCUGCAAGGAGCCCCGACGGCAACUUACAUUCCAGCUGUCCAAUCUCCUGGAGGACCGUUCGGUCCACCACCACCGGUGGUCGACGUCCCGCCUCCGUAUCCUCCAGCUCCUUACCCUCCGGAUGAGAAAGCGCCGCCGUAUCCAACGGGUCCUCCGUCGUUUCCCACCCCGACCGGCUACGGGGAAGCUGCUCCGGGCAUGCCGAUGCCUUUCGCGGGAGAAUCUUCAGGUAUCGCGAGCGCUCCGGCAGCUGAAGGGGCUCCUUCGGCCCCGUCCAAAGCGAAGCUGGCUGACGAGGAUUUCGAGCUGAUCGGAGGUAAGGUCGGGCUGGAUUCCUCCAAGAGGAACGUUCUUAUUUAUGUGUUUCAGAUAAACCUGAUGGUGAGAAUGUUCCACCGCCGAAUUACAACGAUUCGAUGAAAAACAGCUCUUACCCACCAGCGCCCUCUGCUCCGCCCAAGUAG